GUCGUUUCUUGGCGUGGUGCAUGGCCGGCUAGAUUACCGAUUUUUAAGUAUAUAGUCGUAUUUAUGUGUCUUGUGUCUUUAGAUGUGGAAAUUCGAUAAAAAGCUUAUCAUGAGUAUGGACAGUAUUGAAAAAUUGUACAAAAAUUUUGGCAUUUUGGCUGAUGCCAAAGACAAACUGGCGGAGCAUGAGAAGGAAUACUUAGAAAUUCUAACAGCGGUGAAAGGAUCGCCGAAAGAAAAACGAUUAGCAUCACAGUUUAUUGCAAGGUUUUUUAAGUAUUUUCCAAAAUUGGCUGAUCAGGCUAUAGAUGCUCAUUUAGAUCUCUGUGAAGAUGAGGAUAUGGCUAUAAGGAAACAAGCUAUUAAAGAUUUACCUGCAUUAUGUAAAGAUAAUAAGGAACAUACAGCUAGGAUUGCAGACAUUUUAGCUCAAUUACUCCAAGCUCAAGAUCCAUCUGAAUUAGCAGUAGUCCAUAAUAGUGUUAUGUCUCUUAUGAAAACUGAUCCAAGAGGUGCCAUAAGUGGAUUUUUCAGUCAAAUUAUCAAUGGUGAUGAUGGAACACGUGAACGUUGCAUUAAAUUUUUAGCAACAAAAUUAAAAGCAAUAGGUCAUGAUGUUAUUACUAAGGAACCAGAAGAUCUGUUAAUUUCAGAGUGCAAAAAAGUGUUACAAGAUGUUACUGCUGAUGAGUUUCAUAGUAUUAUGGAAGUUCUUGCGUGGACUAGAUUAGGUUCAACAGUUAAUGGGCAGCAAGAACUAGUAGAUAUUACAGUUGAACAAGCUGAAUUAUCAGAGCCAUUUAAACAUACUAAUGUUGAACAAUGGAAUAGGCUUGUACAAUGUAUUAAACAUGCACUUCCAUUUUUUAGUUCUCAGAUAGAUUCAUCGCGAUUUGUUUCUUAUAUCUGUGUACAAGUUCUACCACAUCUUUCUUUAAUUACUUCACCUGAUGGUAGGGAUGUGCAACUGGAAUUAUUGAAGCUACUUGCGGAAUUAGCUGUAUUUUGUGGAAUAAUUGAUAAACCAGAGGAAAAAGUACAACAACUUUACAAUACUCUUAUUACAUAUAUGCCAUUACCUCCAGCUACAGAAAUAACAGAGGUACCAAAACUGCAAUUCAGCCAUGUUGAGUGUCUGAUGUAUGCCUUUCACAAAUUGUGCAAACAAACACCCGAAUUUUUAAUAAAAGAUCCAGAACAACUCAAGGAAUUCAGACUAAGAUUACAGUAUUUUGCUCGUGGUAUUCAAGGUUACAUAAAAAAAUUACGGGAAGCGAUUAGCGGGAAAUCAGAAGAAGAAUUAAAGUCGGAGGAGAAUCAAUUAAAAGUUGUUGCUUUGAAAACAACAAAUAAUAUUAAUACUUUAAUCAAAGAUCUGUUUCAUUCACCACCUAGUUUUAAAAGUGUUAUACAUCUUUCAUGGAAAACAACAACUAAUGAUAAGAAGAAUGAAAAACAUUCAACUACCCAAAAGAGACACACACCAAUUACAUUUGGAAAUGACAGCAAUUCGAAUAAACGGAACAAGGAAGAUAAAAGCAAAAGAGAAUUAUAUACACCUCCUAGUGGAAAAUACAGUUCAAACAUAUCAUCAAAUUAUGGUCGAGGCAGAUUUAGAGGAAACAGGGCAGGUGGUCGAGGAGGUUAUAGACCAAGAGGUCGUGGAACGUGGAGAAAGAAUUUUUAUUAACUGUCUAAUUGCUUGAAUUGUUAAAUGCAUGAAAUGGUAAAAGCUGCAAUAAUAUAAAAGACUAUGC